AUGGGAAACGGUCCUUCCGCGGAGCUUCAACUGUGCACCUGCUUCGGUGGCCGACCAAGAACGUCGACGACGGGAGUUGCGCUCCAUCGGCAUUGCAGCGCGGAGAGAGCCGUUCAAAGCCAUUUAGUGCUUCACUUCGAUGUGAACAAAACCAUCGUGAUGCUGGAUACCAUUCAGAACAUUCCGCCUGGCGACGUGCUGAAUGGCAUCCUUUCAGAGUGCGCCUGGGGGCGUCAGGUGGAGGGCGCCAAUGGCGACGUGAC